CGUAGACUCUGGACGUGUCUAUCGGUACAUCAAUCCUUCCUGCUCCAUCACCACUACCACCACGUCUUUCAAGCUUCACCAUGGCAUGGCCUCUCUCCAUGCACCAGAUACCUCCCACCGCAGACUUGGUACAGGCUAGCACGCUUUCGUUCACCAUUCCAAGUGCCAUUCCCCAAACUGCCUUCCCAGGAGAAAGUCAUGACGACGACGAUAUCUUGAAUUCAGGGCUUGAUGACGACUUUUCAGACUAUGCGGAGGAGCUCGCGAGCGAUACCACAUCAUUGAAUUCCGAAAUAACAACGUAUCGCUAUGAGAAUGGACGACGAUACCAUGCAUACAAGGACGGAGCUUAUUGGGCCCCGAAUGAUGAUCAACAGAAUACACAGCUAGAUAUCGCCCACCACAUGUUUACAUUAUUGCUGGAUGGCAGGUUACAUUUAGCGCCCACCGGGAAUAGCAUUCAGAGAGCACUUGACAUUGGCACCGGUACUGGUAUUUGGGCCAUUGAUUUCGCGGAUGAACACCCCUCUGCCGAAGUCAUCGGUACGGAUCUGUCGCCCAUCCAGCCAAGCUUCAUCCCCCCUAACUUGCAAUUCGUGAUUGAUGAUGCGUCGGAGGAUUGGAUCUAUCCUGCGAACUACUUCGAUCUGAUUCAUACCCGUACUUUGUACGGAGCAAUUGCGGACUGGCCACAAUUCUACCGCAAAGCCCUUAGACAUCUGCGUCCUGGAGGAUGUUUCGAUCAACUCGAGAUGUCCAUACAAUUCCGAUCAGACGACGAGACAUUAACGGAGGACCAUGUGUUAUCAAUCUGGUCGAAGACGUUCAUCGAGGCCGGUGAGAAACUAGGGAAGACUUUCCGCAUUGCCGAGCUAGCGGCUGGCUAUAUGCGAGAUGCAGGCUUUCAGAAUGUUGUUGAGCACCGGUACAAGUUGCCGGUGGGUCCGUGGAGCAGAGACAAAAAGCUGAAGAGUCUCGGGAUAUGGAAUCUAGUUCAUUGCGAGCAUGGCAUUGAGGGCUGGGCUAUGGCGUUGCUUACGCGGGUAAUGAAGUGGACCUUCGCGGAAGUGCAGGUUUUCUUGGCUCAAAUGCGCAAAGGCCUGCGGGAUCCAAAUAUUCAUGCUUACUUUGAAGUCGUCGCAGUUUAUGGCCAGAAGCCUAUACACACCGUUUAGCUCCGAGAUCUGGUGGAUGUGAUAUCUACCGUGCGUUUCAGAGCGGCACCAUAAUCGAAAUUUCAACUUACCAGACAUGUAGUAAAGGUUGAGGGGGUAUCCCCAGAGUCCUGGAGCAUAGAUUGCAGUUUCGACUUUCUAUGUUGAGGUAAAAGAGUGCACCUACUUAACCGCACGUACUUGGAGUAAAUCACCAUCAUAUACAUCAUCAAACUUUUCUGUGUCGUCUCUGAGGCCAAUUCAGAUGUGGUCUGAUAUCUGUACAGCUGCUGGACACACGAAAGGGAAAGUGCUGGGGACAUUGGGGUACCGUCGAACUUUUAGUUCUAGAAAGAUGAACGGUAGCAUUGUCAUAAGCACAUACUACAAGAAGCGUCCGUUAUUGAUGAGGCUCUCUACUUAGAAGAGUCACUCUGGAACAACCGAAGACAGCU